AUGAGACCAAUUCAAGUGAUCUUUAGUGAGAAAAGGGCAUCCAUAAAUGGCGACAGUAUAUGCGGCAAAGGUGAUGCCUGGGAGAUAUUCCACGACGAGUACUACGAUAUAUGCUACAUAUAUCUAAAAGAGCUAGGUCUAGCUGACUACGCCACUGUGCAGGCAGCGUGCGCGGCACACGCAGAUGGCAUGGCCACACUGCCCACCGUACACACCCAGGCCCAACAGGACUUUUUGACCCAGUCACUAUUCACCAAGCACGAAAUUGUUAAUGGCGUAUGGAUAGACGCCAAAGCAAACAAAAAAGCAGUAACCUGGGCUGAUGGCACCAGCUAUAAUUAUAACGUGGCCUGGGUAGAAGGCAGACCUAUUGACGUGGCUAAUGAGUGCGUGGAAAUGGUGCCUGAUAAAGCGCCGGGUAAUAUGGGUAAAUGGCUAGAUGGCCCGUGCUCAAAGAAAAAUGAGGUUGUAUGCGAGAAGGUUGUUUUGUGGUCGGCGCAAAAGACCCAGCGCAUGAUCGCUGAUAAUCGCAAGCUCAUUAGCAGCGAGGGCGUUUGCGGCGAUGAUUGGGACCUAUUCCGGGACGACUACUAUGACAUAUGCUAUAAAUACAUCCCACCAAAUGUGGCCGACUACGCGAGCGUGGUCACAUUUUGUCAAACACAGUCCGACUCAACACUGGCCACAAUCAAUUCACCUGCUGAACAACAAUUUCUAACCCAGAUGCUAUUCACAAAAUACAAAGUAGUAGAGAGUGUAUGGCUGGACGCGAGCCUCGCAAACAAACACGUGGUCUGGAGGGACAGGACUAGCGGUGAGUAUGAAAACUGGAUACCCGGCCGUCCCAUAGCCGAUACCAACUGUGUCGAAAUGGUGCCCGAUAUAGCUAACCUGGGCAAAUGGCUCGAUCAACCAUGCACAAAGAAAAAUGCUUUUGUAUGCAAGCGUGUGGUGAUGAGACCCGGUGAACAUAUUGAGCGUUUGAUCAGGGACAAUCGCCGUGUGCUGGAUGAAACUAUAGCCAGAGUCAGCCAGUUGGAAGGCACACAAGUGCCAGUAGGUUUUAUAUACGUACAAAUGCCCGACCAGGCUGAGCCUAAAACACUAUGGCCCGCAUACACGUGGUCAGAUGUAACGGCCACAUACGCGGGUCAGUUUUUCCGGGCCGAAGGCAACGGUAGCCUAGCGUUUGGCAAAGGUGCACAAGCUGAAAACGCACCUAGAUUGUCACAAGUACAAAAUGCAAUAAAUGUUGAUAGCGAGACUCCAGUACAAUUGACCCCGGGUGUCUGGAGUAAGUAUAUCUAUACCGGCUCGGCGGCUACGGGUGAAAAUAAGUAUUACCAUAGGUUUUUGGAGACGGCUGGUGAAGUGCGACCACGUAAUCAGGCGGUGCGCAUAUUUAAACGCACCAAGUAA